CGGCGCGAGGCCAUCAGGGACCACUUCCUGGGUGCGUGCCCUUCGUUGCCGCGGUCUUUUCUCCCACCGCCUCCCGCCCUGAUCGCGCCCGCGAUGCUGGCGCUGCGCUGCGGCUCCCGCCUACUCGGCCUGCUCCCUGUCCCUCGCUCCGCGCCGCUGCGCCUCUCGGCGGCCCGCACCUGCAGCGGCGGCGGCGGCCGCAACCCAUCCUCUUCCUCCUCUGGGAACCCGCUUGUGUACCUGGAUGUCGGCGCCGACGGGCAGCCACUCGGCCGCGUGGUGCUGGAGCUGAAAGCAGAUGUCGUACCAAAAACAGCAGAGAACUUCAGAGCCCUGUGCACUGGUGAGAAGGGCUUCGGCUACAAAGGCUCGACCUUCCAUAGGGUGAUCCCUUCCUUCAUGUGCCAGGCAGGCGACUUCACCAACCACAACGGCACUGGGGGCAAGUCCAUCUAUGGGAGCCGCUUUCCUGAUGAGAACUUCACACUGAAGCAUGUGGGGCCAGGUGUUCUGUCCAUGGCAAAUGCGGGCCCCAACACCAAUGGCUCCCAGUUCUUCAUUUGUACCAUAAAGACAGACUGGCUGGAUGGCAAGCAUGUUGUGUUCGGCCACGUCAAAGAGGGCAUGGAUGUUGUGAAGAAAAUUGAAUCUUUUGGCUCUAAGAGUGGGAAGACAUCCAAGAAGAUUGUCAUCACGGACUGUGGCCAGCUGAGCUAACUCACAGCCAGGGUGCUAGGACAGCAGCUAGGACUUGCCCAGGUCACUGCCCAGGGCCCUUGGUGAAGGUGCCCCCAUGCGCUGCCGGUGCUGGCUCCACCGCCACUGUGUGUGUGCUUGAGGAAGGCUGCCCGGGAACACGCCCCUCUGCAGGACCCCAGACCGCUUCCCUGACGGUCCCCUUCCUCACCACCCUGUUUCUUGGCAACUAAGAUGACAUCAUGCCACACAUCCCAUCAGGCAUUGCUGAUGAUCACCUUGCCCAAGUUCAUCUGCAGUGUGGGUGACAAUGUGGAGACAGGUCAGCAUGCAGUAAAGGUUUCUACCUUAUCCUUCACCUCGGGGACAGCCGUUUGCUGUAAAAGGGCUUUGAUACCUGUUCAAUGUUGUCUUCCUAAUUGUAAUAAUUUUAUAAAGUUGCCUGGAAAUGAAGCUGUGACACUAUACCAUGCUGUGAUGUGACUGAGUUCAUGGCACAGGACUCAGAACCUCAGAGCCUGGCCUUUGAGACACAACUUGGGGCUUUUGUAGAAGCUCCCAAGAUGCCUUUCCUUCCGUCACUGUGAAUCCCGUUGGUUUGCUGCUCUCAUUUUUGAGGAGGAUCUGUGGGUGGAAGCGGGUGAACCUGGGAACAAUCCUGUUGCUAGCUGUGCCUAGUCAGUGUGAAUCACUGUCAAAAAUGGAGCCUGUAAGCGCCCUGUGCUCAGGAAGAAAGUAUUUCCUGGUGGGCUUUGCUUUUUAUGUGUGUUGAAUAAAUUUAAUCUACUGAU